AUGAAAAAGAUUGGAGGUGCCAUGACCUCCGAAGAUGACGGCCAUGGCUUGUCCAGACCAGCCAUUGUGUGGAGCAAAGGGCUGGUAGAGCAAUCAGGAAGAUCCAACUGUGACUACUGGAAGGUGGAUUUUCUGCAGGAUUUUCCCUUGCAAGGUCCAUCCACUGCCGAUGCAACCAGCCAAAAUCAAUUGGAGUUGCCUUCUCUAUCCUACGGAACAGUCCUAUUGUUGACGAGCCAUAUCGUCUACCUGUUACAACGAAAAAUUGAAGAAGUUGUUUCAUCAUCGCCAUCUGUGUCCCAGAAAGAUGAUCCAUCGCUGACCGCGAUCCCUCUGGCCGUCGCAAUUCCGGAAGGCCCCUUUCUACCGCUGGCCAUUCUCGCCGUCCAUGCCCUCAAUGUUCCUUUUUCGAUUUGCAAAAACAGUUGUAGUAAGGAUGCGGCCUAUGCAUUUCUGAUUCCCAUUGAACCUGGCGAAGGAAAAGAUCGAAUACGGCACAUGUUGGCGGAAACCCAACCCGCCGUGAUUUUGUGCUUGGAACCAGACCGUCAACGUCUGCAAGACAUUGUGGGGUCCCUUCGACAAAACGAUGAAACAGGAGGAAACCAAUCGGGCGCAAGUAAGGGUGCCCUCAAUACAGAAAUGUUCCAAGCGAAAACUUCCACCAUUUUCGAUUUUGCCAGCCUGGCGAGGGAAGCAGCAACGGCCAGUCGCUCACUGCUGGAAGAAAACAACAGCACACGACAAUCUCUAAUGGACCAACUGCAAUCUCAAUGGUCGGGAGUUGAAACCCUGCAGACCGUCGUUGCUCAGUUCAGCCGUCACAUACGUCAACAAGAAUCAUCCAUCAUCCUUCCUCAAUCAACAACGACAACAACGACGACGAAUAGAUUGUCCCACGUAGCAUACACAUCGGGCUCCACGGGUCAGCCCAAAGGUUCUCUCUCUUCCAUAAACUCGCUCCACUGGUACAUCAACGAAAAGAAUCGUCUGCAUGGCAUUACACGACAAUCUACCGUCCUGUUGGCGAGUGCCGUCUCCUUUGAUCCGUGCUUAUCCGACAUUUUGGCCACCUUUCAGGCCCGUGCCACACUGGGAAUGGCCACUCGUGCCGACUUGUCACAAAACUUGGCCACCGUACUGGCAACCCUUGGCAUUACGCAUGUACUUUGUACACCCACCUUGUGGAGUACCAUGAUGAGCAGUAGCAGUCACGAUUCUAAUAAUAGAAAGGUGACAGCACCCAAGGACGACUUUGCUCCUCAUUCUUCUUUGCAAUUGGUGGCACUCGGAGGAGAACCCAUUCCCAAACAGAUUGUGCAGACAUGGGCGAGGAGAACCACACCCAAUAAUAAUGAGGAGGAAUCAAACCCUGCUUCUUGUCGUUUAUUUGCAACCUAUGGCGUGACCGAAGCUUGUGUGUACCAGACCAUGGGCGAAAUCACCACAUCAACAACAACGACAGCACAAAGGGGCCAGAAUGUGGGUCAGCCCUUUGGAGGCAUGCACGUGCGCAUCUGCAAAGAGGAGGAUCAAGAAACACUAGUGGAUGUUUUGCCCAGCAACAAUAUUGGUGAAGUGGUGCUGUACGGGUCCCAGCUCGAUGACUGGAGCAGCUAUUGGAAUCGACCAGAGCAAAGUCAACUCAAGUUUGUACGACUUGCAGAUUCGUCUACCGUUUGCUAUUAUCGAACGGGAGACAGGGGGUAUAUUGAACACAACAGUGGCGACCUGAUAAUGUUGGGGAGAAUUGGGGGAGAGGAAGGGAUGAUGAAAAUCAACGGGGUGAGAGUGGAACUUGGGGAGAUUGAAGCGGCGCUCGUGGACGACCGCUUGUCGAUAACAGAAGGAUUAGAGAAACACGAUGGACUGGAUCUUCCAGUGAUUGUGAAUGCAGCUGUGGUUGCCGGAACCAACAACAAUGACGAAGAACGAAGCACUCCGGAACUCCAUGCCUAUUGUGUCGUCAGCCAAACCUGUGCCAGCGAGCUUGGAAUUCGUGAGAUGCUUGCUAGGGGACCAGGCGUUCUCUGCAAUUCCAGCGCCAUGCUCACACUGCUGCGAACCCGGUGCCAAAACAAGGUACGAGCAGGUUGUACGCCGUCGGCGUUUGUUUUCGUUCCAAUGAUUCCUUUGUCGCCCACGGGAAAGAGGAAUGUUGCAGGGCUUCCAAACUUGAGUGAAUGUGUACACAUGGAAAACAAAGCGACAGAAAUAAUUUUGCGGGAUUACGGGACAGUGGGGAGCUUUGUUGCCGAACAAAUCACUUCCUCUUUAAACCUUCAACCUUGCCAACAAGCCAUGCUGACAACAUCAGUCUCAUUCGGCAUGCUCGGUGGCGAUUCCCUAGCAGCGACAAGGAUUGCAAGAGCGCUGUACGCACACCAUCACGGAGUGAACAAUACUCGCCACCUCGGCGGCAAAUAUGGGAUAAUUGAAGGCCACUUUUCUGCGGUGCACUUGAUCCGAGCUGAAACAUUGGGCCAAUACGUCGAUUUUCUUGAUGAGAACGGCGUUGGCAGGCUUCGACAAGGGGAGGAGUGCCAACAUGGCAACGAAGCAAAGAGCAAGACACCAUCAUCAGUGGAAAGCUCUACGGUUGGGAUUGCAUCGCACCAUGACUCUGGGCUGUAUGAUGCUUUAUUGUUGGCAACGACGCGGGGGCAGACAUCACUGGCAGUGGGACUGCUGCAUGCAGGUGCUGAUCCCAAUUGGGGGGAUCAUGGCGGCCGUCUAGGGAAAGUGUCGGGUCGAAACAAUCGGAGGGCAAUGUUUCGAUCUGGUCCACUCCACCUCGCGGCAUUGAAAGGAAAUGCACCCUUGGUUUCUGUCUUGUUACAGAAAGGGGCCAAAAUUGCUUGUCCCGAUGCUUCGGGGUCCUACCCACUUCACCUCGCGGCAUCCGGUGAAAAUGCCAGCCAACAUGUCUACACAAUCGAAGAGAAUCGUCAAAGACUCAAAUGCGCUCAGCACUUGUUGGAAGCCGGGGCACCGAUGUUGAUGAAGGACGGGAACAAACAAUCUCUUCUGCAUUGCGCUGCCAGAGCUGGAAACGUUGAAUUGAUUGAUUAUGCCAUGCCGCUGUGGAAAGCUCAACGGGGCCAGCGGGAAGAGCGUGACAGGAGUGUUGACUGGCGAGACCAUUGGUCGAGAACAGCUGUUCAUUGGGCUGUCUUGAACAAAAACGUUGAGGCGUUACAGUCACUCUUAAAGCAUGGUUGCAACUCCCACCCUCCUCUCCCACGGGCAAACAUCAAGCAAUCCAGCAUCGCAGUAGAAAGCCCGCUUGAACUGUGUGGGCGGUUGUAUGGAACCAGUGAGGGACUGGGGCUUGAGAUAGCGACAAUCUUAAAGGAUGCUUCGAAAUCGUUGCCCGCCACACAAUGA